AUGGUUGGAUUUGGUAGUCUAAGCCAACAGCAGCAGCAGCAGCAGCAGCAGCAGUGCAGUGGCACUCCGGCAGUUCCGUCUGACACAUCACUGUGUUCCAACAACAAGAAGUCAAACUUUAUCAAACUGUUUGGAUGUAGCGUUCUUCUUAAAGUUAAGUGGUCAGGGUCGGUACAGAUGAUGGAGCUUCAGACUGAGAAGAGAUUCCACAGUUUGACGCUUGAACAAGUCCAAGCUCUGGACAAAGUCUUGACCGAGGUAAUCCCGAUCCAUGGGCGAGGAAAUUUCCCCACACUGCAGGUGAGAGCAAAAGAUAUCAUUCGAGUGGUGAAAGACCGGCUGCUGGAAAGAGACAUCCAGGUGAAAGAUAUACGUCUCAACGGAGCCACUGCCAGCCAUGUCCUGGUGAGUAACAGCGGUCUGGAAUACAGAGACUUAGACAUCAUAUUUGGAGUGGAGCUGCCCAGGCAGGAGGACUUCCAGGUAAUAAAGGACGUGGUGCUGGGCAGCCUUCGAGACCUCCUUCCUUGUGGAGUAAACAGACGGAAAAUUACUUGCCUGACAAUGAAGGAAGCCUACGUGCAAAAAAUGGUUAAAGUUUUCAAUGAGCAUGACAGGUGGAGCCUUAUCUCGCUGUCGAACAACAGAGCUAAGACUGUUGGACUCAGGUUUGUCAGUUCCCUUCGCAGACAGUUUGAGUUCAGCGUAGACUCCUUCCAGAUAAUAUUAGAUCGCAUGUUAGAGUCCUACUGGGAGACAGAAAGGAAACAAGGAGGAAAGUUGGCAUCGAAAGCUGGGAAUUUGUCUAAAAGAGAAGAGGACGAAAACAAAGAGCAACAACAAGCUGUCAUUCUUCCAUAUGUUAAAGAUAAUGAAAAAGAAUCAGCAAUGACAACCAGCGGAGCGAGUCCUUGUUCAGAGGAAACAGUUGAUGUGUUCAGUAAAGAGCUUGCAGCUGCAAAGACAAACCAUGAUGAAAAUCACGAGGCGCAGCAAGCGUUAGAACCUGAGAGCAGCGACACACAGCAGGAAGAAGUGGAAGUGGAUGUUGUGUUUGAGCUGUGUGAUGGAACUGGGGAAGAGAAAGGACAGUUUCACAGUGAUUAUCCUUUGCUCCACAAGCCCAAUGUGAGGAAACGUCUCAGUUCAAAGUGGACCCGGUGA